AUGGAAGCAAUAAAAGCAGGCAUAGAAAAAGCCAAGGAAGCAGUUGAUGCCAAAAAAGCUGACCAAAAAUUAGAAAAAGCUAAUGAUCCAAAUGUGAAACCAAGUGAACGUUUAGAUGCUCAGUUUGAAGCGGACAAAGCAGCAGCUAAAGCCGCCGAUCAUCAUAUUAAAGCUGAACAUCAUCGUGUCAAACAUAUUGCUGAUUAA